GCCGCAGCGCCGCCUCGUCCUCGGUCUCCUUCUCCCCUGGUGGCGGCGGUGGCGGGGCUGCGGCAGCCGCUGCCGCCGCCUGCCGGGGCAUGUCGUGGACGCCGGCCGAGACGAACGCGCUCAUCGCAGUAUGGGGCAACGAGCGGCUGGUGGAGGCGCGGUACCAGCAGCUGGAGGGAGCCGGCACGGUGUUCGGCAGCAAGGCCCCUGGGCCAGCCAUGUACGAGCGCGUGUCCCGGGCCCUGGCCGAGCUGGGCUACGAGCGGACCCCUUCCCAGUGCCGGGAGCGCAUCAAGCUGGUUCGAUGCCCAGAACUGAAUGCUGUGCUCCAGCUGUGGCCUCACCGGUGCUGAAUAGAGAGGAAGAGCCACCUUCAUAGCUUACAUGUGAUUCCUCUGCUUAUACAACCCAAUACUGGAUUUACUUACU